CGUCGAACUUCGAGCAGCGUUUUCUAUUCUGAUUGGUCCAGAUGGCACUCAUAACGUAUUCGAACAAAUCUGAGUCGAAUGCACUGACAGUUCGUUGGAACAACUUUACAGUACCUAAAUGAUAACAACUACUAGGGUGAUGCUUGCUUCCAGCAGAGGACUGUUGGGAAACCCUGAUGAGCUGUCCUUUCUCCGGACGGAAAUGGCGGACAGUUUGGCUUUAGACCUGGAAAGAGGAAGAUACUCACUGCAACAGCACCCGGCGAUUAUUUUAUAAUACCAAGAAACUUUUGGUCAUGGAUUAAGAUACGAGAUGGAUGCGGAGGAUGGUAAACGCAUCCUGCCCAGGAAGCCAGGUGUUACAGAAGCAGGAGACAUGGAGAACAGGCGUUCGUGGCUCCAGGAGUGGCCAUCCCCUGGCGUCACCCUAGAAUCAGUGACCAGCUGCAGGAGCAGAUGACCGUAUCCCCACAGAAUACAGACAUGACAACCAUUAGCCAGGGCGUGGAGUACCAGGGUUCUGGUAGCCUGCCCCUCAUCGGUAGCCCUAAGUACUGCCCCUGGGUGAACCGCAGCGGUGGGUACCUCUGUGAGACUGGCCACUGCUGUGGAGAGACAGGCUGCUGUACCUACUACUACGAGCUCUGGUGGUUCUGGCUUCUCUGGACAGUCCUGAUAAUGUUCAGCUGCUGCUGUGCGUAUCGACACCGCCGGGCCAAGCUGCGGAUCCAGCAGCAGCAGAGACAGAGGGAGAUCAACCUCAUCGCCUACCACGGGGCCUGCAACUACCCCACCUCCAUGCUGGACCUCAGUUUCUUGGCGUCGUUUAAGCUCCCGUCGUACGAAGAGGUGGCAGCCCAGCCCUGCACGCCACCUCCGCCGUACAGCUCGGUUUUGGCCCUGCAGGGGGGCGGGCGCUACGCCCACGCCGGCCCCAGCGGCAUGACGUCCUCUCAGAGCUCCGACAACUACACCAGCUGCUCCUGCGAAUCCUGCUCGGGCACCUCCCCCUGCAGCACCUCCUUCUCCGUGCAGGUGACCUACGAGACCGACACCAGCAACGCCACCACGCCCAGCGAGGCGGGCGACCUCCAGCCUCUCGACCCCAGCCCUCCGGUCACCAGCCCCACCUCGCCCCAACCUCCGCUCCCUGCGCCUCCCUCACCCCCGCUCGCCUCUCCCUCUGCCCCAUGCUCCCCCACGCUCCCACUCAGCGACCCCCUGACCGACCCCCUGACCGACCCCCUGAAGGAGCCGGCGGAAGAAGGAGGGGAGCGUUCGGAAGAGGGCCCUUCCCCGAAACCCGCCCUGUCUCCGCCCAAACACGCCCUGUUCUCCUCCAAUGUGGACUUCUUCGAGCCCGACUGCCGGACGCCCUGCGCUUCCGACGGCGAGGAAGAGGACGUGGACGCGGAUGAGAGCCAGUACCGCCACCGGAGGCUCACCGGCGACUCGGGCAUCGAGGUGUGCCGCUGCCAGGUGGAGAGCGAGGAAGAGGAGGAGGAGGAGGAGGAGGGCGCAGAGGCGGAGGAGGAGACGGGGAAACUCAAGGAGUCCGAGGGGGAAGGGGCCCGCACUCUCCACGACAGCGCAGACUGCUCUAAUCGAGCCCAGAGCCGGAUGAGUGAGGAGUGCGGCAGUCUGUGCAGCCCCGGUUCCGCUCUGCUGCAGGAAGAGGCCGUCAUCACGGUGGAGUCCGCCUGAGGGAUCCCACCGCAGAACAGACCAGCGGGAGGAAAGAGCGAAAACAAAAAAGAACCAAACGGGAGCGUUUCAAAUUACAGGGAGGGGGCCUAAUGACAGGACCUGGCAGACCUGUGAUGUCAGCUAGUAUGCCCACGUUUGCACAGAGGCCCAGAAAAUAAGAAUAAUAAAUGAUUUGUGGUGCAUAUUUGGAAAUUCAAAAAAGCAUUACCACUAAAGAACCUGCAGGAGAAAAUGCGGCGGCCCCGAUUGACGCUAGUUUUCUUUUCGCGAGCCGAAUGUCGGUCGCGCGUCCCAGAACAAGGGACAUUUUCUGUGGAGCGUCAGCGAGUGUUGGUGAGCUCGCGCUGGGACCGGUCGCACAGCAGACCGCUGCAGCUGGGCGGUGUGAAUGAGGUCAACACGACGUCUUCACUGUAGAGCCCUUUCUCCCUGCAGUGCCUCAACAGCACUCUAGGGCCACCCGCCCUCUCUCUUCUAGCACGCCUGUGCUAAACCAGCGUUUAUCUCCAUUCUGACGUCAGUGAAACGAGGGGCAGACAACGGUCGUUUGUUCUGCUGCUCGACUGUAACGGCGAGCCUGUAACACGCUAAGUUACUCUUCCCUCUCUGCUGCACGGGCUGCUUGGGGGUGAUGAUUAAUAAUAAUAAUAUUUAUAAUAAUAAGGCAAUAAUAAUGAUGGUAAUAAUGCGCCAGAUUCCACGAUGCAUUGAAAACCAGCAGAGGGUGUAGUUGGCCUGGGUCCUUUUCAGACGAAUGGCACUGAUGCGCUUGGUACAGUUACCUGUAGCAAUGAGCCUGGGUACUUCUCCUACAUUCUGUACACAGCAUUGUAAAUGGAGCUACAGUAUAGCGCAGCGUUUUCAGUGGAGUUAAAUGCCGAUUGCUGUCUGAGCACUCAAGGCUCAGAAUGGAGGAAGUCAUGUCUACACACCAGCCCUCCUCUUCCUCUGUUCUGUGCGGGCUUGGCGUCCCUCACAAGUCCCCUGUGAUUCUGAAUCACGGAUUGUGUUCUGUACAAUCCAGAUGGUCACCUCCUGCUUUUCCCCGCUCGGUCACCUGCGGGUUUCUGAUUAUUGACGGGUUUAUGGUGCUCCCAAACCCUCUAAAGCUCCACUGGAUAUGCCUUUUCCGGAAUGUUCCUAAGAUACAGCCAGUUGGAAUGCUGUGGCUCUAAAAGACGAGAGGCAGAACCGUACGGUGUUAAGAACACAGAGCUGACCAUCUGGAUGGUCUGUAGUGAUAUCAGUGGCUGAAUGUAAUCGCCCACGUGUCACACACAGGUAUUUAACUCAGAGCUAGGACGUGUGCAAGGAAUCUGAUACGGAAGAGUCCAGCACACGGGCUGAACCCCCAAGUUGGGCAGCACUGUUGCUGUCAGACAAAUAUGUCUCAUUUAUAUACAGCAGAAUUCAUUUUUUAAUUGGUGUGUUUUCCAUUCUCCUUGUCAAGACUACGUUGCUGCGUUUUAAGCCUCUUGGGCAUGAUGUUAUUGUAAGUGCCAAUGGGUUCACAGUGGACCUAGUUGCAUAUAGAUUGGUUAAAUUAAAAAAACGUUUUACCUCCAUAGUGUAUGCGUUUUGUUUGAGAUGCAUAAUGUCUCGUACCCCACCUGUGCAAAAAAUCUAUCUUGUAAGGAAAUUGUCAGGUGGUUUUGAAUUAUUUAGAAAAAUAUAUAAACAUCAGAGAAGUCUUAAUUUAAGUAUCAGGAUUGUAACUUUGUUUGUUUUUGUAUUCUGAAAUUCACAUUAAAAGCUCAUAUAUUUUUGGUCUGGUGGUUGAGUGGAGACCACUUUUAACACCGUAGCAAAUGCAAAUGAACUGCCUGCUUUGGUAAUGAGCAGUUGACCGUUCAAGCCUGAGUCUGACGGUGCUGAACAGAUCGCAUACGAAAUGCUGUAUUUCUGACUGCCCAGAUUCUUAUCAACCACCAGCAGAUCACAACCAUGCUCUCUGGGGAGUUUCAUUCAAAUUUUUAAACUGACGGUAGCAUCUGUUCUCCCACACAUCCCACUGCCCCUGUCUCAAUUACAUUUUCUUUUAUUUCUUUACUUGGAAAGUCAUGUGAAACUGAGCUCGGCUCAGACCAACAUAAUUUUCUUUGAUAUAAUUUUUCUUUUACGUAUAAACAAUAUGUGUACUAAACUUAUUUGGCAACUACCUUUAAUGAGGCUGCAUGUGAAUUUGUGUAAUGUGGAGAGAAGUGAUGGGUUGGGAAAAUGUAUGUUUGUUCAUCAGGUAGCCAGUGCUUUUGGCAUGUGAAAUGUUUACAAAGGAAUGAACCUGCUCAUUUUUGUGAGCUGAAAGCGUACUGUUCAUACCCCAGCUUACAGUAUCGCAUGUUUAUUCAGACUAUAUAACUUUAGUCAAUGUUUAGUCAGAAUAUAUAACUUUAAUUCAUCCAAAUUGAGUUUCCUUACUAACAGCAAUAUAAUAUAAUACAGACAUUUCAGUGUUCCGAAAUCCUUUUGAGGGCAAAUAUUUUUUCAUAUAUGGAGAAUGUUCCAUUAAGGCAGGUUUUUGCAGCACCAUGCAGUAUUCCACAUUGUGUAAUAUACACAAAAUGAGAGAGCAACAGUGUCCUCUAAAUAUUCCAACAAUUUUUCAAUAUGAACAAAUUUUUCUAGGCUUGUCAAUGGAAGCGUCUGAAACCGGCUAAGGUCCACAGCCUUUGUCCCACAAAUGAAGUUGAACAAAGAUAUUUUGUAGAACAGAGCAUUCUAUUGAUGUGAGGGCGGACUGGUACUGACUGGUGUCUGGCACAGCCUUCUGUCAGAGACACGGGAACCGGGUGAGAUGAGAAGAGUGGGGACAUCACACACACGCACACACACACACACGCACACGCACGCAUGCGCGUGCAUGCACGCACACACACACACGCGCGCGCACACACCCACACACCAGGGUGCUGCUCUCAGAAAUGCUCUUAUUCAUCUGGCAAUUGCUCCUUUUGUAAUUUGGAAUAUUGUUGCAGGGAAGGAUCUAGAAGGGGUGGUUUACUGGCCUGGCCUACUUCUUGAAUGGCCUACACACCCUGAGGUUUCAAUGGAACUAGAUGAAGAAUGUACAAAGCUUACAAAUAUGAAUCUUGAAUCAGAGGCUGCUAAUUCACUAAACCCGGUUUGUAUUCACUUGAACCUGUUUAUUUAGUUGCAGUACGAAUGAAGACAUCUGUUCUGAAUUGCUUUGUAUCAUUUCAACAAGCAGGUGCCAAUGUUGUUGAAAGCAUUUUGCAGCCAUAUCGUUCUCCUUAAAAACUUUUAAGGACAGUUUCCCGUUGAUUGAGAGGGACGUGUUAUUUCUUCUCGGUAAUAAAUUAAAAUAUAUAUUCUUGCUGUUGCUUGAUGACAGCAAAUGGUUCUUAAAAGUGCCAUAAAAUGGUUAUUUUGUAGUUUGCUUCACCACCACCCAGCCUAUACUUAUUUACCUCCAACUAAUAAAAUGUAAAUUAGCUGUAUAAACCUAGAAUUUUGUUGUAAAUAAAAUAUAUGUAUUCGUAAAAUAUAUCGUAUGGAUAUUAUUUGAUCCUGUUGUCUGCAAUACAUCACCUGUAAAACCUUCUAAAAUGUUAAAAGUAUAUUUUAUUGUUUUGUAUGUGUGCGUGCGUGUGUGGAAAAUAUGAAAUUAUGGUUUUCAUUUCAUUUAUGGUGUUGAGAAGUAGAAUCUCCAUAUCUUUAUAUCAUUUCAGCCAGAAUGGUGAAACUGCACAUUUCAAACCAGAAAGCUUCAUUUUUAAGGCCACUGAUCAAAUGAAGUUUUCUUUUUAAAGCUGAAUUUAGACUAAAAUAAAAGCAUUUAAAAAGAUUGGAUCCUGUAUUCACAGGAAAUGUUUUGUGACGCAUGAUCGAGAAAAUCAUUGUGUGAAAUGUUUUUGGGGCAUCAACAACCAGCUACUUCCAUUGUUUGUUUGUUCACUGGCUGUGUGAGUUGCUGACUGUUACCUUGUUUUACCUUGUAGUUUCAGAGUCGCAAGGGUCAAGCCGAGUGCUUAUGUUUCUUAUACUAUGUAGUGCUCUUGCUAUGAAUAAACAGUAUCUUCUAUAUUUUAAUACAUACAUUUUCUGAAACCAAAAAGCAAAAGAACCAGGAAUAAAUAUAUGUAUGAACAAAUAAUUUCAUGGUUGACUGUUUAAAUAUUGGCUUUUAUUUUAUUUUAUUUUUUCUUCUGUGGUGCAAGGACAAGGGUUCUAUUCUCAUGUCCAGUACUGCUACUGUUGAAAGGACACGCCUGUAGAUGUGAGUGAGUAGUACAGAUCUUUGUAUAAUGCCUUUUUAAUCUUGCCAUGUCUCCAUAAAUCUUAUAUACCACGCAUGGAAGAAAGGGAGUGACAUCACUAUGACAUCAUUAUUAGGGCACUGAUCUCCAGUUGUUGAGUGUACGAUUGACUAUUGCUGAUGGCGAUGGUUUAGAUGAUGUAUACCUCUUCAAAGGUAAAGGGCAAUUGUUUUCUUUAAUCUGAUAAUAUCAAGUGUGUGUUAUUUCCUUUAAUUUGAUGGGGUACGUUUUGUUUAUUUUUAAAUUUGAUGACAUGGGGAGACCUUUGAUAUGUACGAUAGAGGUAUUUGUUGUCUCAGUUCUUCCCUAAUAUUAUCCUCACUCUUCACUCUACCCGGAUUGGUGAAUUAUUUUCUAACAGAAUUAUUCUUCAGGUACUAGGUUUUACAUGGAAUGUGCUUAACGUCAUCAGUGUGUGUUUGUCUGUUGGACUUGGCAGCCAGCACUGCUUAUGAGCCAACCCUUGAACAUAAAUAAACGUGUGAACAUAAAUUGUGUGAAAAUAAAGUGUUUCAUACAUCCCCA